AGUUUGACUGUAGAGUAGCAGAUGUCAUCUUUCCCUGGCGCUGACUGCCCGGUGCUGGGGAUGGCCCUCCUCAGCUCAUACAUACUGAAUGGAACCACCUGCCUACCUACUCUGCCAACCACCCCAGCCACAGGAUGUGGGCUGAGUGGGCUGAAUCUGAACAGUAAGAACUCCGACAGCAUCGACGGAGGAUGGAGGUCGCUUCACUCUGCCUCAUAAUCUCAGCCACCCUGAGCAUCCAUCCUGACAAAUCCCAGUUCUUUCGGUAUGAACACAUCUCUCUAAGCUGUGCAGUGCCGGUAAACUCUACUGGCUGGACACUGAAGAGAAACACUUCAUAUAAGACAUCUCAGCCAUGCAAGGGGGGCUUCGGAGACCCACGUGACUCUGUGUGCACAAUCAGGAAUGUCCACCCAUUUGACUCCGGGGUGUACUGGUGUGAAUCUGAGCAGAGAGAGUGCAGCAAACCCGUCAACAUCACGGUGGCAGAGGGUGUUGUGAUCCUGGAGAGCCCUGCACUUCCUGUGGCAGAGGGAGACACUGUGACACUUCGCUGUUCCUACAGGGAAAGAUCUGCAAAGACUUCUACUUCAGAUUUCAGCGCUGCAUUCUACAAAGACGGUGAAUUCAUCGGUACUGAGCCUUCAGGAAAGAUGAUCCUCUCGUCGGUGUCCAAGCAUCACAAUGGCUCCUACAAGUGUGAACAUCCUUUGAAAGGACAGUCGGAGCAGAGCUGGCUGUCUGUGGCAGGUCAGCCCUCGAAUGUCUCUCCUCCUCCUCCUCCUCCUCCUCCUCCUCCCACUCUUCAUCAACAUCUUCCUCUCAUGCUGGUGUGCACCGUCCUGCUCUUCAUCCUCUACACUGUCAUCCUCAUCCUCGCCAUAUACACGUACCGAAGGUGGGCUCGAGCUCGAGCUGAUGUUAAAAAGAGAGCGUCUGAUCAAUACUGAAGAAGAAGAAGAAGAAGAAGAAGAAGAAGAAGAGCCUGUUUGCUGCCCAAUAUGAAUGGAAAGAAGCUGAUAUUCUUAUUUCUUUAAGCAUCUCUUUGCCAGUAUAGCACGAUGCCUACAUGCUUUAAGUCACAUUUUAAACAAUGAUGCAUGCACCGAACCAGCCACAAACAUUCUGGUUCUCAGUCAUUUGUUUAAUGGUUUUUAAUGUUUGAUGGUGGACACUUUGUUAAUAUGCUUGAUGCUGUGUAUGAAAUAUUAUUUGCAUUUCUUAUUCCAAUGUAACAACGUCCAACAGUUAUAUACUAUGUUACGAUGUUUUGACUUCUGGACUGAAGUUUGCAAUAAAAUAACUUC